AUGGAACAAAAUCAUUCGAUCCCAAAAAGCUCCGACAAGGCAGCAACAUCGUCCACGAGCAACAACGUCGUCGAAGUAGAAGAGCAAAAUCCGAGUCAACCAAUAAGUAGAUCAUAUGAGUGUAACUUUUGCAAAAGAGGUUUUACUAAUGCACAAGCACUUGGAGGCCAUAUGAACAUCCACCGCAAACAUAAAGCUAAACUCAAAGAAUCACUAAUUAUUUCCUCGCCUACAAAUAAUGAUCAGGUUGUAAACAAACCGCUUCCACUUUUUGGAGACGGGUCAGCUGAUUCAAGAAAAACUCAUGAAGAAAAUGUAAGGAGAGAUGCAUCACCAUCUCCGCCGAAAGAGGUAGACCUCGAGCUCAGGUUAGGACAAGUUGUUCAAUCUCCGGAGAAUUAUAAUAUGAUUAAUUCUGCUGCUACAAGAACCUUUUUCUAA